AUGAAGGCGAACUACAAGUUUUCUAGCAUCUGUGGGACAGUAUACCGACAAGGGAACGUUGUCUUCAGUCACGAUGGGAAUUCGCUAUACAGUCCUGUUGGGAAUCGAGUCUCAGUGUUCGAUCUUGUCAACAACAAGUCCUUUACGUUCGCGUUUGAGAACCGGAAGAACAUAGCCUGCAUUGCUCUCAGUCCUGACGGAAAUGUACUCAUUUCGGUAGAUGAAGAUGGUCGCGCUCUGUUGGUCAACGCGCGACGAGGGGUGGUGCUACAUCACUUCAACUUCCAGAAGCCUGUGAAAGACAUCCAGUUUUCGCGAGAUGGACUAUAUAUUGCCGUUACGCAUGGUGCUCAUGUGCAAGUUUGGAGAACGCCAAACCACCUCGUUCGAGAAUUCGCACCUUUCAAUCUUCAUAGAACGUACACGGGACAUCAUGACGAUGUCUUGAGCAUUCAGUGGUCCCCAGAUUCCAAGUGCUUCAUCACAACAUCUCGUGACAUGACUGCCCGCCUCUUUACUUUGAACCCUCUCGAAGGCUUCAGACCAAAAACUUUCGCUGGCCAUCGUGAUGCUGUCCUGGGUGCCUAUUUCUCUGCUGAUGGAGAAUCAAUUUACACCGUCAGCAAAGAUGGUGCCGUCUUUACGUGGAAGGCAAAAGAAAUGUCAGACGACGAUAACUCGGACACCGAUGACCAGCCAAGUGCUUCGAGCUCAAAAGACGUCGCCAACCGAAUAGCCAACACAAGAUGGGGCGUCCACAAGAGGAACUAUUUCAACCGUGCAGGGAACAAGGUCAUCUGUUCCACCUUCCAUGCCCCUUCGAAUCUUCUGGUUGUUGGAUUCUCUUCAGGGAUAUUCGGAUUGUGGGAAAUGCCCGCAUUCUCUAACAUCCAUACCCUCAGCAUCUCUCAAGAAAAAAUAUCUUCCGUUGCAAUUAACCCAUCCGGAGAAUGGCUAGCUUUCGGCGCGAAGAAGCUCGGUCAACUCCUGGUUUGGGAAUGGCAGUCAGAAUCAUACGUUCUCAAGCAACAAGGGCAUUACUUCGACAUGAACACGCUCGCCUACGCACCAGAUGGACAGACGAUUGCCACAGGCGGCGAUGACGGCAAACUCAAAGUUUGGUCAACGUUCUCCAGCUUCUGCUUUGUCACCUUUACCGAACACAGUGCACCGAUAUCGUCAGUAACCUUUGCAAAGCAAGGCAGCGUCCUCUUCUCGGCCUCGUUGGAUGGCACCGUUCGAGCAUAUGACCUCGUUCGAUAUCGCAAUUUCCGAACCUUCACAUCCCCUUCACCUGUUCAAUUCUCGUGUUUGGCGGUGGAUCCAUCCGGAGAAGUUGUCGCCGCUGGUUCGACUGACUCUUUCGAGGUCUUCCUCUGGUCCGUCCAGACAGGCAAACUGCUCGAUGUUCUGGCAGGCCACACAGGUCCAGUUAGCCAGCUCGCCUUCUCGCCUUCUGGCGCCAAUCAGCUGGCUAGCGUAUCUUGGGACAAGACGAUGAGGGUGUGGAACAUCUUCGGUCGUUCUGGUGCUGUGGAGCCUUUCUCCUUGAACUCCGACUGCCUGGCCCUCGCCUUCCGGCCCGAUGGAAAAGAAGUGGCAGUAUCGACACUCGACGGCCAGAUCACAUUUUUUGACAUCCAAGAGAGCAAGCAAACGAAUGUCAUCGAUGGUCGCAAGGACGUCUCUGGUGGUCGAAAGCUGGACGAUCGGGUGUCUGCUGCCAACAACGCCUCUGGCAAGUCGUACAACAGUCUGGCAUACACUGCAGACGGCCGCUGCCUCAUUGCGGGUGGUAAUAGCAAAUAUGUCGUCCUGUAUGACGUGCGAGAAGGAGAGGGUGUCAUGGUCAAGAAGUUCCAGAUCUCCCAGAACCUUUCGUUGGACGGCACAGAAGAGUUCCUUGACAGCCGUAGGAUUAACGACGCAGGGAUUAACGUCGACCUCAUUGAUGACAGGGAUGGGAGCGACCUUGAAGACAGAAUGGAUACUAGCCUUCCAGGUGCGAGCCGUGGAGCCGGAGAUAUGUCAAUUCGUCGAUAUCGCCAGGAAGCACGCGCAAAAUGUGUACGGUUCUCGCCCACGGGUCGAGCCUGGGCAGCAGCUUCGACAGAGGGCCUUCUCAUCUACUCCCUCGACGAGACCGUGACGUUCGAUCCCUUCGACCUUUCCAUCGACCUCACACCCCAGGCUGUCCUCGAAGUCCUGACGGAACAUGAAUAUCUCAAAGCACUCGUCAUGGCCUUCCGAUUGAACGAGAAGCCCCUCAUCCAGCGAGUGUAUGAGAGCAUUCCGCGCGGUGAUAUUCGCCUCAUCGCACGGCAACUCCCUGUCAUGUACGUACCCCUGCUUCUCCGGUUCGUUGGCGAGCACCUCGACAAGAGCCCUCAUCUCGAGUUCGAUCUUGUGUGGAUCAAUACGUUACUCAUGGCUCAUGGACGACUUCUGAGGGAUCGUUCAGGCGAAUUUGCCAGUGUGUUUAGGGUCUUGCAGAAAGGCCUGGGCGACUUCGAACAAUCUAUAUCAAAAUUAUGCGACGAGAAUACGUCAACACUCUUAUAUUUGAUCGACCAGGCGAAAGUCUCUCAGACGGAGGUGAAUAUGCUUGCACCACCGGUAUCGGUUUCAUCAUAA